UUAUCCUCUUGUUCGAAACAGAAGUCCGCAAUGCAUGGAAAGGCGUUCCCCAGGGGUCGGUCUUCUCGUGCUCAUCAUCGCUCAGGGUUUUAUUUGCAUUAUUGUUUAACAGGCUUUUUUGGGCCGAAAUGAUUACCGCAUUUGUGCCUUCUCAUUCCACUAAAAAAGGGAAAAUUCCUCCCAAAAUGAAAGGAAUACCCCAAUUCCCUGGACCCACUACACAACUAAUCAUUCAACGCCACACAGUUAUUGGCCAUAUUUGAGAAAUUGCAAAUGGCCAAAGUCGCAAGGGAUUACUCGAUAAUCAGCCUGAUUGUCACUUAAUCAUUCCUGUAUGAAUCUUCGCUUUCACGAUUGAGUCAUGCCAUCCUCGGUGGAGGAUCUCUCUCAGCUGUUCCCAAAUGAAUUCCAGCUAGCCCGUCUUUUUGUUCCCUGCCUUCCUUCCUGAUCCUCCUUUCCCCUCUCUCAUAUGCAUACUCUCAAUCAACACUAACCUAGACAGCUAGCCAAGGGGGAAAAGGGAGAAAGAGGCAUGUGUCUGUCUUCCUUCCUUUUCUACGUACACAUGGACGUUCAUUCUGUUCAAACACAUGCCAAUGAAAAAAUCAUGAAACGAUCGAAAAAAAAAGCAAUGGCUGAUCUCUACAUGCCGUCCAUGACAUGUCAGAUCGUUAGUGGCAAGUGGCCAUCGUUUUGAAACAGAUUCAUAAUUAGGUUGAGUGGACCAGCCUCUGGACACGAUCAUGUCGCUCUCCAAUGUUUGGGGGGAAAUCAAGAAAUCGAAGCGUGUGGGCAUCUAUGUUCAUUUCUUGGGCCAAAACGGGGGCUCGCAAACGGCGUGUCUGUAUCCGGGCAAGUCAUAUGUGAAUGGAUGCAGGCUUUUGCUGGACGCUUGUCAGUCCGAUGCGGAGUUGAGUUGCCUCUUUCCCAAGGGCACGUGGGUGUGUUUCGAUGCCAUUCAUCAGCCUGGACAUGAAGGGGAUGCCUCAUUUCAUCAAUCGAAUGACAAUGGUAGUUCUCAUCAAACCGAGGAAGGACAGGGUUCAGAUGGAAUAUCGCCAUUGUUGGAGGCCGAGAACCCCGCCCAAGAUCAGAGCAUUCGAAGAUGCGAGUGGUUAAUAACGAUGCUAUGGUCAGGUCCAAGCAAACCCAAUGGCGAGAAUCUCAAGAAUGGAUAUGAUUUCGCCAAAGAAAACCACGAAUUUCAACAACUGGUCCAACACAACCUUUCAGCCAUGCCCAGUAGGCCGGUUCCUGGUACCGAUUUUGAGACCUCUUCUGCAACAAGUCAGAGCAAUUGGUUCGUUAAAAACUUGAAAUUACUCAAAUCGACGUCCAUUCUGCCUCAUCCAGACACUGAUCCAAACGCUCAAACCAGUCCGGGGAUCAUCCAAUCGGUUCAUUUGCCUGAAGGAGGAAUCAUUUCCCUACAGAACGGUUAUGAAGUCUUCUGUCAUCGGGGACGAGCUUACUCCGGAACGAGACAUUGCGCACUUCAUUGUGAUUUGAGCGAUUUUCUCGCCGUGGGUCAAAACGUCUCCGUCACUUUCGUUUCCAAUCGGGAUGAGCAUGGACAAGAAGUUUACUUUUCGGAUUUGCCCGCCCCAUGGGUGGCUUUAGCGUGCUUUGUGAACACUUCCAUUCAUUUAGAUGUGCCUCGCAUACUAUUUGAGCAUUUAGAUCAAGAUCAAGACAAGUUCUUCGUGGCCAAAAUUAUCAGCUUCGAUUGCCCUUUGAAUGGUGAGAAAGAAGAGGGUGUGGCAGGGGGCGUAGCUGAACUGUUGUCGUUUGACGAGUUGUCCAGUUUGGCCUUUUCCAAGGAAAGGUUUCAAAGAAGUAUUGUGACUCAGCCCAAGGUCAAGCGCGUGCGCUUCCAUCGGUCCCGACUCAUCCAUUUGGGCAUGUCUUUAGCUAAAGCCGAUCUCCGGUAUUUUUUCUCCCCAUAUGCGUUUGCCAUGAAUAUCUUCUACUGUCACAUUCGGCAAAUACUCGAAAAUACCCAGCAGUUGGAUGGCAUUCAUCAUGAGGUCUCGAUUGGGUGGAAGAACAGUAUCAGUUUCUUACAUUCCACCGCUCAAGAUGUGAUUAAUGUGCCCACAGCCAAACCUGACGAUUCUCUGUUCCUUCCCAGACUCGCUUCUUUUCAAACGAUCAAGUUUCUAUCCUUGGUUGGUCUUGAUGUUGUGUCUUACGAAAACUUACUGGAUGGUGUCCAUCCUCCUCGAGGUUCUUCUCAUUUAAAACAUAGCUUUGGUCGAGUAGUCAAGCUCAUGCCCGCUUCAACUCAAAACGCCAGCGUCAGUAGAGGGUUCAUAAUGGCCGAGUCCGGGACAUUCAUGGGCCAAAGCCUGGCUUUUAAAAAGAGUCAACUGCAAGUUUUCGGCUUCCAAGUGGGAGGUGCUGAUCUGCGUCGCCUCUUAGAUUUAAACGAUGAAGUUUUCUUUGAUACCAGAAAUGAAAAAAACACCCCUAAAAUCACUAACGUUUUCAUUGGAUGCCAAUCUCCGACCAAACAUCCUUUCAGUGCUUAUAGUGAUUUGAGUCGACACCAGUUUCGGCGAUUCUUGUUGUUCUUAGACCGCCGCGGCUUAACCAUGUCCGAGUUUUUCGGCAUCAUCUCCGAGAAGAAUCCUUCGGCUUUGCCGUUUGUUCCCUUCCCUGGAGAAGAGAAUAGAGGCACCGUCAUCCAUCUCGUUCGAAACUGGGUCACUCAUCAGAAGGCUCCACUUGAACAAAACCACUCGCACGCCUCCCUAGCUGUGGGCGGAGUCAUUCGAGUGGAUCGAGGUCCAAGCGUCGGUCAAUUGGUUUACUUUCAUAACAGAAACUGUUGGGUUCUCGGAUAUAAUUUGCGGAUGGCGGAUCUCUCACACAUCUUCAUUGUCGGUCAGAAAGUGUCGUUGGAAGUGUCCGAAUCCAGUCACUCUUUCGAUGACAUCCUUCCGGGCGAGUCCAUUAAAUUGUUUGCCACCAUUGUUUGGACAAGCAAGUUUCGACCAAGAUGUGUUCCGAUCAAAACUGUUCCGCGUUCUUCUCACGUGGAGAACUGGUUAGGGAAGCGAAAUCUUGAUUGGGACAGAUUUCAACGGCUCAUUUUGGGCUGUUUACCACCAGUUCCCGAGCAUUGGAUUGUUGGUAAACCUGGGAACAUGCUUCAAGCUUACAAAUCCGAUAUCUCGUUAAAAAUGUCCAAUCGAACGGAUUUGGUCAAUUUACCGGUAUUUCGUCAUGGCCAGCAAGCAGUAAGAAUACUCGGAAGGUGCUCAAAUGGCGUUUCAUCUCCAAAGAACUUUGUCCUGUGCACUAGAGCUUUACGAAAGGCAAGAUCAACAACAACAAAUGUUCAAUGUGAUAUCAAACGAAUCUCAGAUCAAUUACAAGCACUCAAAAAAGCGCAAGGAGCGACAGAAGAAAGGCAAAGGAAAUCAAUGUUCCAAAAAAGCCAGGCCAUCAAAAUAAGAAACCUAUAUUCAGUUCAUAAAGUUGGAUAUGAAGUCUAAUGUGUGCAUUCACAUUAACACACAAGAAUUCAUCAUACUGACGGAUGUAAUGAUUUAAUCCUAUGUACAAUUCAACUUUUAACAAAUAUUACUGACGUGACCAUGUUACCGACUUUGCCGCCAAAUUGGAAUUGAGGGGUCGGAAUCACUUGAUGUAAACGAAAACCUGUAAAUAAAAAUAAUUUGCUUCAGCAGUACUAGGGGACAAUCCGCGUGUCUCGCAUUCUUUAACACGUUACCUGCAGAGAAAUGAUCGAUCAAUUCUUCCUCAGUCCAGUUACAGGACGUUAUAAAGAAGUACCCCUGUGGGUCUAGUAGCGCCUGAACAUGCCGAAUAUAAAUGUUUCUCUUGGUUUUGGUAUCUUCAGGAUCCAAACUAACGGCAUCAUAUGUU